AUGCCACAUUGGGGCCAGGAACUUACACCUUCCCCCCUAUCUCCUGGUUCUAUGCCGUUACCACCUGAUGGAGAUCUCUUUACAGAUAGUUCUAGAGUGCCACAACCUCAUUUUCAACAGGGUGCAUAUAUGCACGAAAUCCAGCAGUUCCAGACCUUGCGUGAAAAGUAUAGGGCCUUGGAGCUGCAGAUUGCAAAGGUUACAGCAGAACGCGACACGAUCUCGGCUGCAUAUCAAUAUCUUGCCAGUGCUGUUCGUUUACCACUCAACGACCUACUCCAGCUUGACCCUGCAUCCAUCCCAACACCAGCAAGCAAUUUACAACGUCCAAAACCAGAGACCCACCCCAAUAUCCGGUUCUGGAACAAGGCCGACUACUUCAAGUGGUUAGAAUCGGCUGAAGCGGACAAUGCUGUCGGCCGUGGUAAGCUUGCAUUCCUGGAGGACGAGAAUGGUGAUCCGAUUUCGGAAACUACAAUUGACGCCAUUCGAAAGGCCCUACCUGCAGCAUGGUCUGAACUUCUCAGUCGCAAGCUUGCACCUUUGACUUGGGGAAAGCUAACUGCAUCGGGUAGCCAGUUAGUGAAUACCUUGAUGGAAAAUGCCUACCCCUUGUUCAAGUUUGCCAAUAAUGGGUGGAAGCUGGACUAUCUCGCUACGAUAUCUUAUUCAUCUUGGUGCAGGCAUCACAUGGACGAGUGUGGCAAUCCACUAUCUGGUGGCGACGCUGGUGACGAUGGUGACAACACUUCAAAAGGCAAGAAAAGAAAGCAGCGCAUAAAAUCUGAAGCCUCUGAAGUCCUCGAAAAGAAAAUCAAAGUUGAUCAUGAUGCUCGACUCGGAGAGAGUACUGUGCUGCCACUGACUCCACCACCAUCUUCUACUUCAUCCCCACCUCUGCUCCUGGUUCAGCCAUUCUCUCUGACUGAUGCUCCACUAUACUCUACUCCUUCCUUGACACCAUCGUCUCCUCCCCAGUUACUUCUGCAAGUCGAAGCAUCAGUCACCCCAGAAGAAAUACCCAGGAAUAAGGAAUGUGUUUCACCGACAUCUCAACAGUCUACUCUGCAAAUCCAAGGUCCAGUCGCCGCAACAGCUCAGGAACCUCUCAACGACAUCACAAACAUACUACCCAAGCCUCUCUCUGCACCAAAACCCGUCAAAAUUAUGAUCAUCAAUCCAUUAUCUACUCUCGCACUAGCUGCAUCCAAUGUCGUCAUACCGCCUACUGCAGCUCCCUCGAGUAUUCCACUGUCCCUACUAGAUCCAGGAACUGAACUCAAACCAAAGGAUGCAGGGAGCAUUCCUGCUCCCUCCGAGUCUACUAGGAAAACCCCAAAGAUGGCGAGCAAGGCAAAAAUGCACCCAGGCAACACGAAAAAUGGACGGAACUUAUGUGCGCUACGUUGGCUCAAGCUGACCAAGCGCGGUGGAACAACAGACGAGUUUAAUGCCUACUACGGGACAUUGACAUCAGAUCAGCUUGGGAAAUACAACGAGGAAGCCAAGAAUUUGGUGUCCAACGACGCAUGGAAUAAGAAUGUCAACAAGGGCCAAAUCUACUAG